CAUUAAAUGAGUGAGAAGAAAGACGUCACAUCCGUUUUUGUCAAAGUCGUUGGCAAAUAUGGCUGCGUUUUCUGAAAUGGGCGUUAUGCCUGAGAUCGCCCAAGCAGUCGAGGAGAUGGACUGGCUCCUCCCCACAGACAUCCAGGCAGAGUCCAUUCCGUUGAUCCUGGGUGGAGGUGAUGUACUCAUGGCGGCAGAGACCGGGAGCGGUAAGACCGGGGUGAGUUUAACGCCUUUCCUGCAAACAGUGUUUUUGUCAAAGCCAGCAUCUACUAGAGUCCAGUGGUCCUUUAAACCUUUUCUACCACGAGAGCUACUUUUAAAACAAAUUAAACAUUCAAAUAGGCCCAUUCUUCUCCGCUACUCUUCCUCGGGUCCUUAGUGUACAAUGUGUUUU